CGUUGCUAUUAGCAUCCGACAACACUGACCCUGCUCCGACUUGCUAAAUGGACUUUCUAGACAAGCAAUCAUUUCUCUCAGCAAUCAAUCUGGCUGUAUCUCAGCGUCGCUCCUUCUAGCUCGACUCUCACUCGCAACCUCGCACUCCCGCAUCUCUCUCGCGCAACCCCCUUCUUUACUCUAGCCGAGCAUGACGGACAAUCGCAUCUACUCGGCUACUUACAGCAAUGUGCCCGUCUAUGAAUUCAACAUCGAGGGCAACCAUGUCAUGCGCCGUCGCUCCGACAACUGGAUCAACGCAACCCACAUCCUGAAAGUCGCCGACUUCGACAAACCCACCCGCACACGUAUUCUUGAAAGAGAAGUCCAGAAAGGAACUCACGAAAAAGUCCAGGGUGGUUAUGGAAAAUACCAAGGCACAUGGAUUCCCCUACCCGAGGGUCGCCAAUUGGCAGACCGCAACAGAGUGCUCGAUAAACUGAGGCCCAUCUUCGACUAUGUACCUGGCGACAGGAGUCCACCGCCUGCUCCGAAACACACAACCGCUGCUUCCAAGCCGCGCGCUAACAGGAAGCCUGUCAAUCGAGUGCCCGCCUUGUCGCACAUCUCCGAAGACUUUGAGAUGCACCAUCAUUCAGAAACUCCGGACAAUGUCACAGUUGCUUCAGAAUCAUACAUGGAGGACUACGGAUACCCACAACAAGACUCGCGCAAACGUAAACGACCAGAAGAUGAAAUGUCGCUCGCCGACCAGCACCAUCAGUUGUGGGCUGAAGAGCUGCUCGACUAUUUCAUGCUGCUCGAAUCACCCAACGAUCCCUUCCAACGUCCUCCUGUACCACCGAACGACAUCGACCUCGACCGACCGAUUGACGAAAAGGGCCAUACUGCCAUGCACUGGGCUGCUGCCAUGGGUGAUUUGGCUGUAGUCAAGGAUCUCAUCGGUCGUGGCGCCAACAUCAAUGCCAUCAGUCUUAAUGGGGAGACGCCCUUGAUGCGCGCUGUCAUUUUCACCAACAACUACGAUAAGAGUACAAUGGAUCGUCUUGCUGGCUGGCUCGUGACGACUGUCCCGUUGGUCGAAUGGUUUGGAAGCACAGUCUUUCACCAUAUUGCUGGAACCACCUCAUCGAAGUCAAAAUACGCAUGCGCUCGCUACUACCUCGAUUGCAUUCUUUCAAAGAUGGCAGAAAACUACACACCCACUGACAUCGAACACGUCCUGAACAUGAAAGACCGCAACGGCGACACGGCCAUCCAUAUCGCUGCCAGAAACGGCGCGAGGAAAUGCGUGCGCAGUCUCAUCGGACGACACGCUUCAGUCACUAUCCAGAACGAUCUCGGCGAGACAGCAGACGACUUGAUCAUCCAAUUGAAUCAUCGUCGCAGAGAUGGCCGUCAUCGCGCCAUGUCAUCCUCGCCAUUUCAACUCGACUCUGCCUCUCACAAUCUUCUGAGCGCAAACCUAGAUCCCACACUCGACACGCCAUCAUCGCGUAACCAUAACCCACUCCUCGCCUCGGCGCCAUCUCAAUCACUGAUCCCAACCGCGAAACCACAUCAUACAUCUGAAGCCGCCUCUGCCCUCACAACACAGAUAUUCCCUCUACUCUUGUCGAAAUCAGAAAAACUGGCUCAAGCCUUUGAUGCCGAGAUGAAUGAGCGCGAGACCGAUAUUGCGGAAGCAGAGCGCGUGGUUCAGCUUCGGACGCAUGAGAUUGAAACGCUGAAGAAGAGUUCCAUGGCCCUUGCUAUGAGCGAUCAAGAAGACGAGUAUGACGGACGUCUGGCACGACAACUCGCAGGCUUGGUAAAACAAUGCGAGUCUGUCAUCGAAGACGAGCAGCGAGAAGAAUUGACCUCCCUCUUGUAUCAAAUCUCUUCUCAGCAAAGCCAAGACCACGAUAUGGAUACUUCAUACCAUCAAACCGAUGAAGGAAUGGAAAAAUUGCAACUGUUGCUGGAAGUCAAGAGGUUGAAAAUGCAAAGACAAUAUUUGGUCAAGGAGGUUGUUGCUAUGCAGAGCGAAGCGGGCAUGGGCGAUAGGCAAAAGGAAUAUCGAAGGUUAAUUGUGGGGGCGCUGGGGGUUAGGGAUGAGGAUGUUGAUGCUAUGGUCCCGGAGAUUGUUGGUGAAUUAGAAGAGUGGCAGGGAAUUGAGGGGGGGGUGGUUGGAGUCGGAGCGUGAGCACUUUCCGGAAAGGGACGAGCCAGAAAAGGACAGGAGUACAAGAGGAU